UUCCCGAACACCACGGCUUUAAGAAUACCCUUCACCCAGGACGACACUCUGUGGCUUUAGGACUUGCCUGGGAGCGCGAGGACACCCUUCCGGCCAUCUUUCAGCGCCUGGAUCCGGUGCGUCUUUUCUGGGGAUAUAGUCUUACUAGACUGACAGUCCUAGUCAAGCAUGCAGUGAGGGUGUUAAGGGAUGGAAGACGCGAGUCUGUGCCUUGGAGUGUCCUCAACGGCACCGGAAGCUGAGCCUCACCUGAGCAGCCCGGUCCUCAAUGGCCAGUAUGCCAUGAGCCAGAAGUUGCACCAGAUCACUUCCCAGCUCAGCCAUGCCUUUCCUGAGCUGCAUCCGCGGCCCAACCCAGAGGAGAAGCCACCUGUAGCCCUUGAGGAAAAGACUCACGUACCCAUGAGCGGGCAGCCCAUGGGCAGCCAAAUGGCGUUGCUGGCCAAUCAGCUGGGCCGUGAUGUGGACAACAGCCUCAAUGGGCGUGUGGACCUGCAGCAGUUCCUCAAUGGGCAGAACUUAGGCAUCAUGUCUCAGAUGAGUGACAUUGAGGACGAUGCCCGAAAGAACCGGAAGUAUCCGUGUCCUCUGUGUGGCAAGCGUUUCCGGUUCAACAGCAUCCUUUCCCUGCACAUGCGCACUCACACCGGCGAGAAGCCCUUCAAGUGCCCCUACUGCGACCACCGCGCAGCCCAAAAAGGAAACCUCAAGAUUCACCUGCGGACCCACAAGCUGGGCAACCUAGGGAAGGGGCGCGGGAGGGUGCGUGAGGAGAAUCGUCUGCUGCACGAGUUAGAGGAGAGGGCCAUUCUGCGGGACAAGCAGAUGAAGGGCAGCUUGCUGCAACCCAGGUCUGAUCUCAAGCCCUUGGCACAUGCCCAACAGGCCCCAUUGGCCACCUGCAAUUUAGCUUUGCCCCCAAACCACAGUGUGCCCGACGUAGCCCACCCGGCGCCGUCUCCCAAGCCAGCCAGUCUACAGGACGAUUCGGUGACCCCGGCUGCGGGCUUCAGAUGCACCUUUUGCAAAGGCAAGUUCAAGAAGCGCGAGGAGCUGGACCGCCAUAUCCGCAUUUUGCAUAAGCCCUACAAGUGCACAUUGUGUGACUUCGCGGCCUCGCAGGAGGAGGAACUUAUCAGUCACGUGGAAAAGGCACACAUCACUGCGGAGUCGGCCCAGGGCCAGGGCCCCAAUGGCGGUGGAGAGCAGUCGGCCAACGAGUUCCGCUGUGAGGUAUGUGGCCAGGUGUUCAGCCAGGCCUGGUUCCUGAAAGGCCACAUGCGCAAGCACAAAGAUUCCUUUGAACACUGCUGCCAGAUCUGUGGUCGGCGCUUCAAAGAGCCGUGGUUCCUUAAGAACCACAUGAAGGUACACCUCAACAAGCUGUCGGUGAAGAACAAGUCCCCCACCGAACCUGAGGUGUCAGUGCCCAUGGGUGGCCUGUCCCAGGAGGCCCAUGCCAACCUGUACUCUAGGUACCUCUCCUGCCUGCAGAGUGGCUUUAUGGCCCCGGACAAAGCCAGUCUGAGCGAACCCACCCAGCUCUAUGGCAAAGGGGAGCUCCCAGCGAAGGAGAAGGAGGUUCUGGGAAAGCUACUGUCGCCCAUUUCCAGUAUGUCUCACAGUGUCCCGGAGGGAGAUAAGCACUCCCUCCUGGGCUGCCUCAACCUUGUGCCACCACUAAAAUCCAGCUGCAUCGAGCGGUUGCAGGCAGCUGCCAAGGCUGCAGAAAUGGACCCAGUGAAUAGCUAUCAGGCCUGGCAGCUCAUGGCCAGGGGCAUGGCCAUGGAACAUGGCUUCUUAUCUAAAGAGCAUCAGCUCACGCGCAACCACGAAGACUCUUUGGCAAACGCCGGAGUUCUGUUUGAUAAGGAGAAACGGGAGUACGUGUUAGUGGGAGCAGAUGGCUCCAAGCAGAAAAUGCCUGCUGAUUUGGUUCACAGCACUAAAGUGGGCAAUCAGAGAGACCUGCCAAAUAAGCUCGACCCUCUAGAAGGCAGUCGGGAAUUUUUGUCACACGGGCUCAACCAGGCGCUCGAAUACAACCUGCAGGGUCCUGGGAACAUGAAGGAGAAGCCCACUGAAUGCCCAGACUGCGGAAGGGUGUUCCGUACGUACCACCAGGUGGUUGUGCAUUCUCGUGUUCACAAGCGGGACCGCAAGAGUGAUGAGGAUGCUCUGCACGUGGGCGUGGGCGUGGGCCUGGAGGAGCGGCGUGGCUCAGGCAGCGACCAGGAGUCCCAGUCGGUGAGCCGCUCCACCACACCUGGCUCCUCUAAUGUGACUGAGGAGAGUGGGGCUGGAGGUGGCCUGUCGCAGACCGGGAGCGCCCAGGAGGACAGUCCACACCCCUCUUCACCAUCUUCCUCAGACAUCGGCGAGGAGGCCGGGAGAGCCGCCGGCGGCGUCCAGCAGCAGGCGCUGCUUCGGGACAGGAACCUGGGCUCGGCCAUGAAGGACUGCCCGUACUGUGGGAAGACUUUCCGGACUUCCCAUCACCUUAAGGUCCACCUGAGGAUACACACAGGUGAGAAACCCUACAAGUGUCCUCACUGUGACUACGCUGGCACGCAGUCAGCAUCCCUGAAGUAUCACCUGGAGCGACACCAUCGGGAGCGACAGAAUGGAGCCGGGCCACUGUCAGGACAGCCCCCGAACCAAGAGCACAAAGAUGAGACCCCCAGCAAAGCGCCGUUGUUCAUCAGGCCAGACAUCCUGCGGGGGGCUUUGAAGGGUCUCCCCGGAAUCGACUUCCGAGGUGGUCCUGCCUCUCAGCAGUGGACAUCGGGCAUGCUCUCCUCCGGAGAUCACGCAGGGCAGGCCACUGGCAUGUCCUCAGAGCUGUCUUCGGAUGCCCUAAAAGGCUCCGACCUUCCUUCCAAAAGCGCCCACUUCUCAGAGAUAGGAAGGGCUUAUCAAAGCAUCGUGAGCAAUGGUGUAAAUUUCCAAGGGUCCCUGCAGGCUUUCAUGGACAGUUUUGUCCUCGGCUCUCUGAAGAAGAAAGACACAAAAGAGAAAGUCCCAUCUGAUGUCCAUGCCAUGAAAGCCCACGCCACGGAUGGUGGAGAGGAGAGAGCCAGCGGGAAGCCCUCCCAGAGGAAGUCUGAGAAAUCUCAGUAUGAGCCUCUGGACUUAUCUGUGCGGCCAGAUGCCACCACGCUCCCUGGCUCCUCCGUGACCAUGCAAGAUAGCAUUGCAUGGCACGGCUGCUUGUUUUGUGCUUUUACCACAUCCUCCAUGGAGCUUAUGGCCCUUCACCUCCAGGCCAACCACCUAGGCAAAGCAAAGCGCAAGGACCACCCCACAGGGGUGGCAGUUGGCUGCAAAGAGCAGGCACGGGAGGCCAGCAAGGUCUCCGUCUUGCCCUCCAUACAAUCAAACAAAGAGAUGGCCCUGUCUAGCGCUGUCGGCGCUCUAGACUCUGCUCCUGAGAAGAUGGCCCAAGGGCCGGCAAAAGAGACUCUAGGGGACCAGAAGAGUGGCCAGUGGCCCAGUCACAUGGACCCUGCCUUUUGUACCUUUCCGUCUGACUUCUACAAACAAUUUGGUGUUUACCCCACUAUGGUUGGCUCAGGGGCCCCUGGCUCCUGCUCCAACAAGAAUCCUGAUGGGAAAACCCACCUGGAAGAGGAUGCCCCUCUCCUGAUCUCGGAAACCACAAACAAAAACCCUGCUGAUGAUCUCUCGGAUAUCGCCUCCUCCGAGGACAUGGACUCCUCCAAGGGAGAAAACAAUGAGGACGAGGAGAUUGACACCGAACCAGAAAUGAUGAGCAAGCCACUGUCUGCUCUCAGCAAGGAUGGCAGCAACGAGGGUAGUGACAACCUGCUGCCCCCAGGCGCCUCGCAGCCCAUCCAGGGACUGGUCUCACCUUUAGCCCCACCAUCAGAGGAACAGUGGCACAACCCAGGCCUCCUUCCUGCCCAGGACCCCUCAGCAGGGCUGCCAAAGCCGGAGCGGGGUCCCCCGGGGCUGGAGAAACCCAUGAGCAUGUUGUCGGUCCUCAGGGCCUACAGCGCCGAUGGCUUAGCAGCCUUUAACGGGCUUGCAAGCAGCACAGCAAAUUCUGGAUGUAUCAAGAGGCCAGACUUGUGUGGUCACAGGCCUUUCCAGUGCCACUACUGUCCCUACAGUGCCUCGCAGAAGGGGAACCUGAAGACCCACGUCCUCUGCGUCCAUCGAAUGCCUUUUGACAACAGCCAGUAUCCCGACCGCAGGUUCAAACGUUCCAGGGUCGACUCGGAGGCUUCUGGGAAUUUUGAGGAGGCUGCACCUGUCAAAGCAGGGGGCUUUGCUGAUCUAACAGAUGAGAGAGGCAAGGGCCAGGAGGAGGGCAACUGAGCAGAGCCUGUCCGCUGCAAUAGUCCUCUCUACAGUUUUAAAUCCUGCAGCUGGUCUCACCAGUUUGCUAACUGCAUUCCAAGGGGGGGGGGAUCAUGUACGACCCCUCUCUAGUGUAUAGAACAUUUAAAAGAAUUUUAAAAGAUAUCUAUAUAUAUAAAUAUAUAUUAAAAAGAAAAAUCCCCCAGCCCUUGAACAUGGCUGCUACACUGUUACCCAGUAACAAGAACUUCCAAGCAAUGCAGGUGGGAGAAAGUGAUUUCAGAAAUUGUCCCUGUGUCCUUCGGGCUCCGAAAGCUGGAGGCCUCCCCAACCCGAAAGUCAUCUUGGUCCAAAAACCAAAAAAACAAAACAAAACAAAACAAAACACCGAAAACAAAGAGAUACCGUCCGAGUGAUUUUUGCACUGCCUCGAAGGGUCUGUGUUUUCCUUCCUGAAAACACCUCUAUAAUCUGAGACCAGCUGCUGUCACUCGCCUAGCGCCCUAAUGAGAUGACUUGGGAGGCAGCUGAGGUGCCAGUCAGACUGGGGCGGUCACUGCAGGGAAAAUCAAUUCACGUGGUGUCACUCUGCACUCUGGGAGAAAUCCUAGCCGGCCCGCACGCAGCCAGCGAGCGCCAGGCCUGACCAGUGCUGCCGAGGAGAGUGAUCUAAAGUGUGCUU